CUCUACGGGUACCCGCCAUGCUGAAUUCUCGAUUCGAGUAAAUCUGCUUACUCGGGUUAUAAACGGAUAUUUUGUGCGUAAAGUAUUUAUAACGACAACUUUUCAUCGUUCAUAUUAACUCGGCUAUAUGUCUUUCAUGUCGUCUGUUCACUAUGUCCUAUUGGUUGUGGUUUUGUCGGCGUUCGUUUUCCUUGUGACAAAUCUGACUAUGUCAUUUCAUACCGGUAAAGUUUUGAAGAUCAUUCGUCGCUUCAUACACAGACAUCCGAGGCCGUCUUUUCCGCAGAACUAUCACAGCACUGGACUGCUGAUGCUUCCUCACAGUGGGAUAAGAGAACCCUUUGAAAUAUGGUUCAGCAAAGAACAGCAACGAAGCAGAGUGGAUUUCUACUACGGUACAGACAAGACCUACCAGCGUUCGGAUCUCGGCGAGUUUGGGACAUCUUUUAAAGUUGUUCCAAUGUACAACGAACGAAGAGGAAAUUUCAAAGGCUGUUGGUAUAGGAAUGGAACGAAAAGUGUGCCCAUAGUACCUCAACCAAUCAUUCCUAAUAUCGAGGAGUUUGAGUUCGUAGACAUUGAAGUGCUGGACGGAAUAGAAACGUCAAAAUGGCGUCAUGAGUACAAGACAUAUGAUCUUAACAACAUCUACACAUUUUGGGUGACGAGGAGUUCGUCACCUCGUCCAGUCAAGUACGAAAUGAAAGGUUACGACAGCCUCUUGGCGACUCAUUAUGAUUAUUAUGUGUUGGAAUACAUCUCUUUUGAGCAGUGGGGAUCAAAUGCUUCAGUUUUUGAACUCGCUUCAGAUGUAUGGUGUCACAACUGGAGUCACAAGCUUAUUUCCCAUCUCAUGACUAAUCCAAUGCAAGAGUUCGUGCUAUCCCGUCACUUGGACAAAGACAUGCAUCUAGAACGGCUUUACUCCAUAUUUAGACGUCGUCAUCAGAAAUUUUAUAAAGGAAGAUAUGAGAAUGGCAGGAGGAAGCACAUAUUUCGUCACAAUUUGAGAUUUAUCCAUUCCACGAACCGCAAGAACUUGAACUUUAAGCUUUCGACGAAUCACAUGGCAGAUGUCGAUCACGUGGAGUACGUUCGCUACCAUGGUUCCAAAGAGGAACAUCGGUAUUAUAAUCAUCAUAGCAACCAGAAAAUGAUGAACGAUAUAGCAGUGAACUUAACUGGAGUGCCUCUCUCUUUGGAUUGGCGAGAUUAUGGUGCCGUUGGUCCCGUAACAAGUCAGGGAAAUUGUGCGUCGUGUUAUGCCUUGGUUGCUGCACAAACUAUAGAGACUUCGCAAUUUUUGAAGACUGGAAACCUGACUACUUUAGCUUCGCAACAGAUCUUGGACUGCUCGUGGGGAUCUGGUAACGAGGGUUGUAAAGGUGGCUGGUAUAGCAAAGCAUUCAGUUGGGUCUAUUUGCAUUCCUUGCGUUCUGAACAAAAUUACGGACGAUAUAUGGCGCAAGAGGGUUCAUGUCACUCCAAUGGUAAAGCAAAAGUGGCGACCAUUGAUGGGUUUGCGUACGUGCCCAAAAGGAACAACACAGCUCUGAAAAUUGCCCUCGCUAAAUAUGGCGCUGCUGCCGUUUCAGUUAAUGCAAAUCCCAUGACGUUCAAGUUUUACGGCUGGGGAAUCUAUGACGAUCCUCAAUGUGAUGACAGUGACAACAGUCAUACAGUUGUAGUCAUUGGUUAUGGUGUACAACGGGGUAUACCUUACUGGUUAAUCAAGAAUUCGUGGUCUGAAAGCUGGGGCAUAAAAGGUUACGCAAAGAUAGCAUGGGAUCAAAACAGAUGCGGUAUAACGGAAAAACCGAUAGUGGUGUUGACAAAACAUAGGGCAUUUCAACUACCGAUGAACUUUAACAGCACUUUCGAACGGCAUAAAAGGGAACGCAGUCAUGCGUAUGGUAAUUCAAUUCCGUAUAUUUAAAAUAAGGCAAUGUGUCGUUCAGGUCCUGGAAAUCCUUGUAAAUGGAAAAAUUCUUGUAUUUUGUCUCAUCUAAUUUUGCUUUAAAUACCACAGCAACAAUUGUCAUAAAAUCCGAAAGUCAUAAAAUUCGAAAGUUCAUAAAAGGA